AUGAGAGAAUCAAGUUGGAAGGCUUUCAUAAAAGAAGUUAUAUUAUUUUGUGAGAAACAUGAAGUUGAAGUUCCUGAUAUGAAUGCAUUGCAUAUUCCUAGAAGAGGCCGAACUCGCAAAAUUGUUGAUCAAAUUUCAGUGGAGCAUCAUUACCGUGUUAAUUUAUUUCUGACUGUAAUUGAUACACAAUUGCAAGAGCUUAAUGGAAGAUUCAAUGAUAAUAUGGUGGAAUUGCUUACUUUAAGCUCAACUUUAGAUCCCAGAGAUAAUUAUAAGUUCUUCAGUGUCAACAAAGUAUGUGAAUUAGUAGAACGGUUUUAUCCAGGUGACUUCAGUGACCAAGAGAAAUUUCACAUUAGAAUGCAAGCUCAACAUUAUGAACUUGAUGUUCCUAAUCAUAUUGAAUUAACUAACUUGUGCACAAUUUCGGAGUUAUGUCAAGGAUUAACGAAGACAGGAAAGUCUUUAACAUAUCCUUUGAUUGAUUGUUUGAUUCGCUUGGUAUUAACUCUCCCUGUUUCAACUGCUACAACUGAAAGAUCUUUUUCAGCUAUGAAUAUUAUGAAGAAUAGACUCAGAAACAAAAUGAAAGAUGAAUUGCUUGCUAAUUGUAUUUUGAUUUACAUUGAGAAUAAGAAGAUUACUGAAAAAUUUGACACAGAUUCUAUUAUCGAUGAAUUUUAUGAUAUGAAGAAUCGACGUGUACCACUUCAUUAG